GCUCAAGGAUGUGCUCUAGGUCUGUUGCCUUAUUACCUAUUGCAGGUCUGCGGAGAGCUGGGCUCAGACUUGCUUCCUGUUCUCUGGGAGGAUUACGCCUGUGAAACUAAAUUAUAUUUUGGAUUAAGAGUACUGCAAGUGUUUUAUUUGGGAGGUGACCUUUUCAAUGGGAUUGCAGACCUUGAUUCCUGCCUCCUUUGCUCUGUCCUUGCCAACAAUCUCUGGUUGGGGUGACUUGAAUUUUUAAAACCAGGGUCUCCUGGUGUUUUCCUUCUGUAAUGGCUCAUGCUGCAGCUCACCUUAAAAAAGCCCGGGAUCUUGAUCAUGAAGAAAAGGAGAAGGAGAAGGAAAAGGCAAGAGAAAGAGAGAGAAAGAGGCAAUCGAGGAGAAGCAGUGAGCAGUUAGGUCGUAAACGCAAGUCUGACAGCAACGCAAGCUUCCUCCGUGCUGCUAGAGCAGGAAAUCUUGAUAAAGUGCUUGAGUACCUCAAAGGAGGAAUAGAUAUCAACACAUCAAAUCAGAAUGGUCUCAAUGCAUUGCAUCUGGCAGCAAAGGAAGGACAUGUGGAACUUGUGCAAGAAUUAUUGGAGAGAGGUGCAGUUGUUGAUUCAUCGACGAAGAAAGGAAAUUCAGCCCUGCACAUUGCAUCUCUGGCUGGACAAACUGAUGUGGUCAGAACAUUAGUGAAGCAGGGAGCCAACAUCAACUCACAGUCCCAGAAUGGUUUCACGCCACUCUAUAUGGCUGCCCAAGAAAAUCACAUUGAAGUUGUCAAGUUCCUGCUGGAAAUUGGAGCUAACCAGAGCACAGCCACUGAGGAUGGGUUCACUCCCCUAGCAGUUGCACUGCAACAGGGUCACAACCAAGUUGUUGCCAUCUUACUGGAAAAUGACACCAAAGGAAAGGUGCGCUUACCAGCCCUGCAUAUAGCUGCAAGGAAAGAUGAUACCAAAUCUGCGGCUUUGCUGUUACAGAAUGACCACAAUGCCGAUGUACAGUCAAAGAUGAUGGUGAAUAGAACCACAGAGAGUGGCUUCACUCCUCUCCACAUUGCUGCCCACUAUGGAAACGUAAAUGUAGCCACUCUGCUGUUAAACCGAGGAGCUGCUGUGGAUUUUACAGCUCGGAAUGGAAUUACUCCACUACACGUAGCUUCCAAACGAGGGAACACCAAUAUGGUGAAGCUGUUACUGGAUCGAGGAGCUCAGAUAGAUGCUAAAACAAGGGAUGGGCUGACCCCACUACACUGCGCAGCAAGGAGUGGACAUGAUGGAGCUGUAGAAAUUCUGCUUGAGAGGGGAGCCCCAAUGCUUGCCAGGACAAAGAAUGGUUUGUCACCCCUCCAUAUGGCUGCCCAGGGAGAUCAUGUGGAAUGUGUCAAGCAUCUGCUGCAGCACAAGGCACCUGUUGAUGACGUCACGCUUGACUAUCUCACUGCAUUGCAUGUGGCUGCUCACUGUGGUCACUACAGGGUCACCAAACUCCUCCUGGACAAGAGAGCCAAUCCCAAUGCCCGGGCGCUGAAUGGCUUUACCCCACUGCAUAUUGCAUGUAAGAAAAACCGUGUUAAAGUCAUGGAACUUCUUGUGAAGUAUGGGGCUUCAAUCCAAGCCAUAACAGAGUCUGGCCUUACACCAAUACAUGUGGCUGCCUUCAUGGGCCACUUGAAUAUAGUCCUCCUUUUGCUGCAGAAUGGAGCAUCUCCAGAUGUUUCUAAUAUUCGUGGAGAAACCGCACUGCACAUGGCUGCACGAGCUGGACAGGUGGAAGUAGUGCGCUGCCUGCUGCGCAAUGGAGCCCAGGUGGAUGCAAAAGCCAGGGAGGAUCAAACUCCUUUACACAUUGCCUCGAGGCUGGGUAAAACUGAAAUUGUGCAGCUGCUAUUGCAGCACAUGGCUUUUCCAGAUGCAUGCACUACUAAUGGCUACACCCCACUGCACAUUUCUGCCAGGGAGGGGCAGGAAGAUGUUGCUUCCAUUUUGCUUGAGGCAGGUGCUUCACACUCAUUGGCCACAAAGAAGGGAUUUACCCCACUACAUGUCGCAGCUAAGUACGGGAGCCUAGAUGUGGCAAAACUCCUUCUGCAGCGCUCAGCUUCUCCAGACUCUGCUGGCAAGAAUGGCCUAACCCCACUCCACGUUGCUGCUCACUAUGACAACCAGAAGGUGGCACUGUUGCUGCUGGAGAAAGGUGCCUCUCCUCAUGCCACUGCAAAGAAUGGCUACACACCUCUCCACAUUGCUGCCAAGAAGAACCAAAUGGAAAUUGCUACUGCCUUACUGGAAUAUGGAGCAGAGACUAAUGCAUUAACAAAGCAGGGGGUUACACCCCUUCAUCUGGCAUCACAGGAGGGACAUGUGGAAAUGGUUUCGUGUCUGAUGGAUAAAAAUGCCAAUGUCAGUGUGGCCACAAAGAGUGGGCUGUCAGCACUGCACCUUGCGGCUCAGGAGGACAGGGUUAAUGUCGCAGAAAUUUUGGUAAAACGAGGUGCAAAUCUUGAUGCACAGACCAAGGUGGGCUAUACUCCACUGAUUGUGGCUUGUCACUAUGGAAACAUUAAGAUGGUUAAUUUCCUCCUGCAGCAUGGUUCCAAUGUCAAUGCCAAAACCAAGAAUGGGUACACACCUUUGCACCAGGCAGCACAGCAGGGUCACACCCAUAUCAUCAAUGUCCUCCUUCAGCAUGGAGCCAGAGCCAAUGCCAUCACUGCAAAUGGCAACACUGCCUUAGCAAUUGCCAAACGUCUUGGAUACAUCUCUGUGGUUGAUACCCUGAAGGUUGUCACUGAAGAAGUCACUACCACUACAACUACUGUAACUGAAAAACAUAAACUGAAUGUACCUGAGACAAUGACUGAGAUCCUGGAUGUUUCAGAUGAGGAAGGAGAUGAUACGAUGACGGGUGAUGGAGGAGAGUACCUUAGACCAGAGGACCUAAAAGAGCUUGGAGAUGACUCCCUACCCAGCAGUCGGUACCUGGACAAUAUGAUGUACAGAGGAAUAGGACGCCUUGGAGAACGCUCAGACAGCCUGCGAUCCUUCAGUUCAGACAGGUCCAACACACCAAGCCAUGGUCCACACCACAGGGACAGUGCCAUGAUUGAAGAAGUAAUCACAGCCACAAGUAGCCAGGUAGCUUUGGCUAAGGGCCCUGAGAAGGAUUCUACACAUCGCUUAAAUUGGGAAACGGAGAACUUGGACAAUGUAGCACUCUCUUCCAGCCCAAUACAUUCAGGCUACUGGAGCAAGAUGGUGCAAGACAUAGGAACCUUACAGCCAGCAGGCUUUCUGGUUAGUUUUAUGGUGGAUGCUCGGGGUGGAUCUAUGCGUGGCUGUCGCCAUAAUGGGCUUCGCAUUAUCAUUCCUCCUCGGAAAUGCACAGCCCCAACUCGUGUCACUUGCCGCCUGGUUAAACGUCACAGACUGGCUACAAUGCCUCCUAUGGUGGAAGGAGAGGGACAUGCUAGCAGGCUAAUAGAAGUUGGACCAUCAGGUGCUCAGUUCCUUGGUAAGCUGCAUCUUCCUAACUCUCCUCCCCCUCUAAAUGAGGGAGAAAGCUUGGUUAGCCGAAUCCUGCAGCUUGGGCCAUCAGGAACCAAAUUCCUUGGGCCAGUGAUUGUAGAGAUUCCACACUUUGCAGCUGUGCGUGGGAAGGAACGAGAGUUGGUGGUACUGCGCAGUGAAACUGGAGAGACGUGGAAGGAGCAUCAGUGUGAAUAUACUGAGGAAGAGCUGAAUGAAAUAUUGAAUGGGAUGGAUGAAGUGCUUGAUAGUCCAGAGGAACUUGACAGAAAACGUAUUUGCCGUAUUAUCACCAGGGACUUCCCACAAUACUUUGCAGUGGUGUCCAGGGUCAGACAGGACAGUAACUUGAUUGGGCCAGAAGGAGGUGUACUGAGCAGUACUGUGGUACCACAAGUUCAAGCUGUCUUCCCUGAAGGAGCUUUAACCAAGAGAAUUCGAGUUGGACUCCAGGCCCAACCCAUGCACGUUGAAUUAGUCAAGAAAAUCCUGGGCAAUAAGGCAACCUUUAGUCCAAUAGUCACCCUAGAGCCAAGAAGAAGGAAAUUCCAUAAACCUAUUACAAUGACGAUUCCAAUUCCAAAAUCCUCAACUGAAGGGCUAAUGAAUGGUUAUGGUGGAGACACUCCAACUCUCAGGUUACUUUGCAGUAUAACAGGAGGAACAACGCCAGCACAGUGGGAAGAUAUAACAGGAACAACUCCAUUGUCAUUUGUCAAUGAAUGUGUUUCCUUCACAACAAAUGUAUCAGCUAGGUUCUGGCUCAUAGACUGUCGGCAGAUCCAAGAAUCUGUGAACUUUGCCACACAAGUGUACAGAGAGAUUAUCUGUGUACCAUACAUGGCCAAAUUUGUAGUUUUUGCCAAAUCACUUGAUCCAAUUGAGGCACGAUUGAGAUGCUUCUGCAUGACAGAUGACAAGGUGGACAAAACAUUGGAACAGCAGGAAAAUUUCACAGAGGUUGCAAGGAGCAGAGAUGUUGAGGUAUUGGAAGGCAAGCCAAUUUAUGCUGACUGUUUUGGCAACCUUGUGCCCCUCACAAAGAGUGGACAGCACCAUCUAUUCAGUUUCUAUGCUUUCAAAGAAAAUAGACUUGCACUGUUUGUCAAGGUACGAGAUACAACUCAGGAACCAUGUGGACGAUUAUCCUUCAUAAAAGAACCAAAAUCUACAAGAGGUCUUGUGCAACAUGCGAUUUGCAACCUAAAUAUUACACUACCCCUAUACAGCAAGGAGUCAGAUUCAGAUCAGGAGCAAGAGGAAGAGGUGACUGGAACUCAAGAUAAAUAUGAAGAGGAGGAGACUGAAUCUGCUGAGAUCUCAACAGCCAUAAAAUCACAUCUUGUCCAUGAUGUCCCUGUGCUGGCAAGCCCAGACUUGCUUUCAGAUGUAUCUGAAAUGAAACAAGAUUUAAUCAAGGUGACUAAAAUUUUAAAAACAGACUCAACAACGGGAAGUAAAGGAAGCCCCAUAGAGGUAAAAGAAUUAACGAAAGUUGCUGAAGAUGAACCAGGUGAGCCAUUUGAAAUUGUAGAGAAAGUGAAAGAAGACUUGGAAAAAGUGAGUGAGAUUUUAAGAAGUGGAACGUACACAGGUGAAGAAUCUAUACAAGAAGCCUUUGGUACUGUAAGAGAUGAAGAACUAGAAGAAAACUGGGUUAUUAUCAGCGAUGAAGAGAUUGAAGAAGUUAAACGAGUAGUACCAGCAGAGGUCUGUGAACCUCUGUUUGUGGCACACAGAAUUGACAGAGGACCCACUGAAGAAGUUGUGAAAGACAUGAGUGGAAUGUUGGGUUAUUUAGAAAAUGACCUGGAUUCAUAUUUAAACCAGUUACCAGCGAUACCUUCAGCCACCUGCCAAAUGGAUAUUGUCCAAGAAAGAUUUGAUGCAACAUGCAUUACCAAAGAUAUUAAAAAAGAAACAGAUCAAAUGAUUUCCAAAACUUCAAGUUCUAAGGAGCUUAAAGAACAUGAAGCAUCACACAAAGCACAAGACCAAAGUAAAGUUGAUUUGGGAAAGACAAAGCCAGUGUUUCAAAGAUUCAUGGCAGAAAACACUGCAAUGUGUUUUAAGGACCCUGCAUUUCAAGCCCCAACUACAGAAACCAGGACCGAGGUACAACAGAAUAUUUGUGCUGAAUCUGGUUCCACCAAGGAAGAAACAACAUUAGUGCCUCCAACUGUUGCCGAAUCUACCUCGCCUGUGGUAGAAGAGACUCCCAUUGGUUCAAUAAAAGAGAAGGUCAAAGCUCUUCAGAAGCGUGUGGAAGCAGAGGAAGGACAAAGGAAACAAACGAAGGCUGUGGUAAGAGAAGAGGUUUCCACUAAACGAGUAACACGCAAAGAGGCUCCUGCUUCUGCUGUUACAGAAAGGCUUGAAGAAACCAUGUCAGUGCGUGAACUGAUGAAAGCAUUUCAGUCAGGACAAGAUCCAUCCAAGAAGAUGACUCGACUCUUCCAACAUUCAUCUGAUGCUUCACAAGCAGAAAAGCAAUCUUUGGAAGAAUUAAAGAAGCCUGAUACAUGUAUAGAAAAAGAAAAUCAACAAAAUUUACUUCCCCAAAGAGCUAGCAAAGAAGCAAAAGCAGAUGAUGGAGAGCUUUCAUCAAGGAAAGUUCAGUCGCAAGUGCUUUCACAGGAUGCACUACACAGAGAUUACAAUGGAAUAGCUGCAAUUAGUUCAGUUUCACAAGGCACAAGGGAAAUUGAUAGAGAAAGGAAAAGGACACCAUCAAGCAAAGAUAAGAAGGUACUCACAAUUGAAAGAGGUGAUGUGAGUUGUGAAACAUCAGAAAACUUUGAAUCAGUGUUUGCCGAAGACCAUGAAAAACAAAGUGAAACACACAGCAGCAGAAUAACAGUGACUAGUGAUUUACAGAUCAGUCCAGACAGGAAGACAUCCACCGAUUUCACUGAUGUCAUUAAAGAGGAGUUAGAAGAUAAUGAUAAAUACCAGCAAUUUAGGAAAAUCUCAGAUACACCAGAUGCAGAACUUUACCUUGAACAGGUAGUUACAAGCCCAGUUCACCAUGAUCUGAACAUUAGUUUUCCACCAGAGUAUGUGAAAGAUGGAUUUACACCAGAUGUAGCUUUACAAAAUGGUGCCCUUGAUGACAGCUCAGAAAGCCUAAAACAUGAAGGCAUUGCUGACUCUCCGAGCUUUAGCUUAGGUGAUGGUACUCCUCAAAUUAGUUCAGAGGAGAGUUACAAACAUGAAGGCCUUGCAGAAACUCCUGAGACAAGCCCUGAAAGUCUCUCCCUUUCACCAAAGAAAAGUGAUCAGGAAACAUCAGAAAAACAAAAUGCUGGAGAUUCUGUCAAAAUAGACAGUGGGGACCAAAGUUUUCAGAAAGAUGCACCUUCUGCACAAUAUGAAAAUAUAGUCUCAACUGAAGCGAUUUCUGAAGUAAAGGUAACAAGGGAUUCUUUGGAUGCCACUGAUACAGAAGUAACUGCAGAUUCUGGUUGUGUAGACUAUGAUGAAUUGCAAUUGACAGAGAUAACUCAACCCACAUCUCUCUUAGACGAAGUGGAUGAGCAGACCACAAGUGAAUCUGUCUCUGCCCUUAAAGCUGCAGAUGAUACUAGUGAAAAAGAUGCUUUUAUGCAGGAAGAAACAGAAUCUUUGUCCCUUCCUGAUGUGCAUGAUAUUUCUUUGGAGAGUGGAUUCAAAGGCAAGGAUGGAAACAUUCCUGUUUCGGUGUCAGAUGGAGAAGCAGCCCUGGAUACUUCAGUGAAAGGAAAGGACGGAAAAAAUGUUUCACCAGUUGUAACUUCAAUUUCACCAGAGAGCAUAGCAAGAAGUCAACUAUUAGAUUUAUGUCUAACCGGAGUUUCACUUGAUGCUGAUAGUCUUAGUCCAAUGGCAGAUGAAUCAAUGAUCAGCCAUAAAGAUUCUCUAGAGGGUAGUCCCACACAGGACGAUAUUGAUACAACUUCACACAAGUCCCCAGAUUCACUUGAGCCAAGCCCAAUAAAAGAAUCACCAUGUCCAGAUUCCCUUGAAAGUAGCCCUGUAGAGCAAAAGUUAAGUACUGCAAUUUCUGUGGCACAGAAGAGUGAAAAAGUGGCUUCCACUGUGGUCACUGAGAAAAAAACUGAAAGAAUGGAUAUUUCUUUGGAUUCUACAUCUGCCAGGAGUAGAGUUCUCAGAGACAUGCGGGUAGAAGGACCCAUAAACAGAGAAGCAAGGAAACUUAUGUCACCUGAUGGAAGUGCAGAGGAAGAUAGUUUGGACCAAAUAUCUCAAAUGGAAAGUUCAGGAAAAAGCCCUCUUUCACCUGAAACUCCAAGUUCUGAGGAAAUCAGUUAUGAAGUCACACCUAAAACACCUGACACACAUAUACUAUCAGUUGCUGAGAAGCCAAUUGUGAUACCUGAAAUCCAAGAGGAAAUUGAUGAUGAUUCCCCAGACAGUGAAUCAAAGAAGAGAUUUACACCAGAAGAGGAAAUGUUUAAAAUGGCAGCCAAAAUUAAAACAUUUGAUGAACUAGAAGAGGAUGCUAGAUUAAAACGUGAAGGUAAAAAGGAACAGAGAAGUUCUGAUAUGUCUCCACCCCCUGCUAUAACUAACGUAGAGGAGGCAGAAGUAAUAAUUGUGUCUCAUGCUGAACAUAGGAAGAGCUCCUCCUCUUCAGAAAGCGAGCCAGAACUGACUCAGCUGAGCAAAGAGGCUGAAAGUGGACUGCUCAUGGAGCCAGUUAUUCGAGUUGAACCUCCAUCUCCACUCCUCCCAGGUUCGAGCCCUGAGGAUGCAGAAUUUCCCCCUAUAGUGGGCAAAAAAUACACCUUUAAGAUAAUAGAUCAUGAAAAAGAAUCAAGUGAACAAAUAGUAGAAGCUGAUAAUGGCAUAGACUUAUCAAUGGAAAACAGAAGCAUGAGCAAAGAUUGUGGUGGUCCAACUGAUCUGCAAUUUUCUGAGGCAGUGCCUGAAGUUAAUGUAACUUGUGACAGUGAUGACAUUUACCACUCUUCAGCAGUUUAUUCUUCUUCAGCCACUGGUAAGUCUAUUGAAAAGCCUAUUUCUUCAGAAGCAGGACAUUUCCUGCCUGAAGAACAAGAGGAUGAUAUUCUAUCUGAGGAAGAUGUUCAACGCCUUGAGCAAGCUGCAGAAAAACGAGAUGUACUGUGGGUGGAUAGCAGAUCUGAAGAAUAUCAAGCAAAAGCACAUGACCAAAGGCAACAGGGCCAGGAGGCAUCUGCAAAAGUAACAGCAUCAGCUGUAAUUGACUGCGCAGAAUAUAAAGCGGCUCCAACUGAUGAAUCUACAUUGAGUGACAUGUUUUCGAGACAAGAAGCUGAAGAACAGCUAAGCAAAAUAAUAAUAACUAAAACAGAGGCUGAUCUUGACUCUUGGAAUACAAUAAGAGAAGAUGAUGAGGUAUUUGCAGCUCGUCUUAAAGAAGAAGAGCAGAAAAUAUUUGGCCUAAUGGUCGACAGACUAUCUCGUGGUACAACUCCUGAUACCACACCCGCAAGAACUCCAACUGAGGAUGGUACACCAACCAAUGAACAAAACCCAUUCCUAUUUCAAGAGGGAAAAUUGUUUGAAAUGACCAGAAGUGGUGCUAUUGAUAUGAGCAAAAGGAGCUAUGGAGAUGACAGCUUCCAUUUUUUCCAAAUUGGAGAAAAUCAAGAUGCUGAGGCUUUAAUAGAAGCAUCAAAAAUGGAAGGAACUGAGGAUGAGGUGAAGUCUCUCGAAACUGAGUGCACACCUGAUAGAUUACCCGGCCUAUCUCAGACUGAGUUUCAGUAUGGUUCAUUCUCAGAUUCGGCACUCACAAUUGACUCCAGUCUUCAAUCCAUUACUGAGUUAAAUUGCACAGAUGAACAAGUAGCCACAAAAAAUGAGCAAAAAUCAAGAAUUCCAAUCAAAAUGGGCAUUUCUGCAUCCACCAAACCUUCAAAGAAAGACCCUGCUAUGCCUGAAGUGGCCGAAGUAAAGCCUUUCAUCUUAGAUGAUGAGGUAGAUGUUGUUACUCCUGAGUCAUCUACGAAUAAUGUCCAGUUGGACUUUUCUACAGUGGCCCGGACCAUUUCUUCACAGCAGGCUGUAAAGAGUGAUGAUGAUUCAUCAGACUCAUCACCUGAAGAGCAGCGUUCAGUUAUUGAAAUUCCUACUGCAAUUGUUCAAAAAACUUAUCAGACAGAGGCAAAAUCAAAGCUUCCUGUCAGGCAUACUGCGGUUGUAACUGCAAUACCCCGUGUACCAACUACACCCGAGGAUAAGACUUCCCGUUCAUCCCCUGCAAGUGCACAGGAAGGAUCUACAGAUGAUUUUGUAAAAUCAAAAUCUAGAAUUCCUAUUAAGGCUGUUGCACACAGAAUAGACCAUCAUUCUUCAUCAGUGUUACCAGAUACAAAGAAGACUUCAGAUACUAUACGAAUCCAUGAGGUUAAAUCUAGGUUGCCAGUAAGACAGGAACCACGGAGCAAGUCUGAGUCUGAUGCCAUUAAUUCUCCUGAGAUUAAAAGUAAACUUCUUAAUAAGGGAAGGAGCUAUGAUACUGAACCUGAUGCAAAAGAACCAAUGUCCCAUUUUCCCACAGGAUCGGAAACAUUGGAAGGUACUAAACCAAAAUCAUUCCAGUCAAGACUUCCAGUGAAGACCAAAGCUAGCCAUAGUUCACAAGCUGCUACUGGUUUUAGUAAGGGCAGCAAGGAUAAUUUUUUUGAACUUUAUAAACACUCAAUUGAAUUUUUCGAAGAGAUAAGCGAUGAAGCUUCAAAACUGGUGGAUCGUUUGACAGAGGAAGAGCGAGAACAUGAAGUGCUAUCAGAUGAUGAUAGCAGUGCUGUAGAUAGUUCUAUAAUAGAAACUGAGCAGCCCAGUGAAAUACAGCAGCCUCUUCCCGAAGACCUGUUUGAUGUGAGGCCAAUCUGGGAUGAAUCUGUUGAAACCCAAAUUGAAAGAAUUCCUGAAGAAAAUGGCCAUGAUCACUUUGAAGCUCUGGAUACUCAAGAGGACUCUGAAAGAGCUGAGCAACGACUCUAUCUUAUUGCUGACCACCUCGGAUUCAGCUGGACAGAACUGGCCAGAGAACUGGACUUUACUGAGGAACAGAUUCAUCAGAUCAGAAUUGAAAAUCCUAAUUCAUUAGUGGACCAGAGCCAGGCACUUUUAAAAUAUUGGAUGGAAAGGGAUGGCAACUGUGCUUCAGAUGAAAAACUAUUGCAGACCUUGAACAAAAUUAAUCGACUGGAUAUAAUCAGCCUGCUGGAAACAACACAAACUUCACCCAGCAGAGAACAUGUUUCUCGCACUUAUGCAGAGAUCGAGCAGACAAUAGCCCUUGAUCACAGUGAAGGUUUCUCUGCACUUUCUGAUGAUCUAUACAGUCCAAAGAUCACACGACUGGGACAUCAAACUUCAAAAGAGCAUUCCAGCCGAAGUGAUCUAGCCCAAGUUUCCAGUGAACAAUGUGCAGAAGGCUUUGGAGCACAGCCACCUCUUGUCUUGGAGGAAGAUAGCUCCAUCAGUUGUGGCCAGCCUCAGGAAGCCAGCCAGCAGGCCAGGACAAAGUCCAGCGAGCAACUGAAGGAGUCAGGAGAGGAACUCUCCAUCUCUGAGAUCUUAAGGCAAGCUCAGAAGGAAAAUGAAACUGAAGCAAAAAAGACAUCACUUCCUGAUAUCCAGAAGGAAAAAUCCAUACUGAAGGAUCAAGAAUCUGCAUUCUCUGGUGAAGAUGCUGAUUUCUAUCAAGGGAAGUCCAAGGAACUAGAGAAAUCUGAUAUCCAGGAUGAAGAAGAGGCAGAUGAGGAAUCUACAGAGUUGGUAACCUUGAGGAUUGAUGAACAAAGUCCAAUUGUACAGGAGCCUGAUGAGGUUAAUGUUUGUGAAGGUUUACAGGCUGAUGAGGCUGCUGGUCCCACUAUAGUGGAAACAACAGAGAACCAGCCAGAGAACAUCAAGAAAUCUUUUGAGGAGGAAUCACUAGAAAAGGAGAUAGUAGAAGAACUGGGGGAACGGGAAAGCAGUUCUGAUGAGGAGACCGUAACCACCCGGGUCAUCCGCCGACGGGUGAUUAUUCAGGCUGAUGAUAUGCCUGAUAUCCUACCGGAGUCAGUCACAGAAGAACAAUAUACAGAUGAACAUGGAAAUACUAUUGUGAAAAAGGUUACCAGGAAGAUUAUUAGACGCUUAGUUUCACCUGAUGGCACUGAAAAGGAGGAAGUAGUAAUGCAAGGAGCAGAGCAAGAACCGAUUAGAGUUGAACAUGGCGAUGGAUAUUCAAAAGUGUUAAAGCGGACUGUACUAAAAAGUGACAGUGAACACACAGAGAUGACAUUUUCAGAACCACAAGUGGCCUCUGGCUCUGAAUUUCAGUCAGAGCAUGUUGAGGGCCGGAAAGUCAGCAGGGUCAUCAAGACAACAGUCGUCCAUGGAGACAGAAUGGAGAAACACCUUGGAGACCCCAAGCUGGCCUCUGACCUUCCAACAGCCAAAGAUGAUUUUAAUAUGGCUCUUAGUUUCGCAGGGAACCAAGGAAAGGUUCACAUUCCAAAUGUAGUUCAGAGAGAGAUUGUAAAAGAGGAUGGAUCUGUUAUUAAAAGGGCGACCAUGAGUAAAGCCAGCACACUGAAGAGGACUGUGGUGAAGGAUCAGGAAGGGAAGCAUAUUCAUGAAGAACAGCUGGAGGAUGUGCCUGAAGCACUUCAGAAAGAUGACCUGAAAUACGACCUACAGCAACUUCUCAGUCGCUUUUGUAGUGAGGACUGGAAACAGGAAGAAAACUAAAUAGCUCAAAUUGCGCAUAUCUGUUGUGUUACAACUGCACAGUUUGCUCACAUUGAAGAAAUCAUAUAUUAUUAUUAUUUCCAUCUGAAAACGCGGGCGUACCUGUGUGGAAAGCUUAGAUCUGAAUUAGCCUUUUCUCUCAACGUAAGUGAAUUUGUGACCAAAGAUGGCAUCCAAAUCUUGGAUGACUAAUACUGUUUGAACAUUAGAUCUUCCUGAUAUGGCUGUUUUAGGAACAUGCUAAAAAGUUGCUUCCUGCAAACUAUUGGCAACAAUGUCAAUAUCCAGAAAAUACUUCAGCCACAGGCCUCUUCCCAUUUUCUGUCACAGAAGGACUUACCAAAAUAAAUGUGUAAAUAGUUUUGGCUUGUGAAACCAAGACGCCGCCUACCUUGACCAUAAAAUUGCCACCAAACAUAAGGCCCUUUCUUCAUUGCCGAAUUGAGUCUGACUAAAUGUCGCCAUAGUAACAGAAUGUGAGUGUGCAGGCCUAGUAGGGAGCACGUAAGAAUCUUACAGUCCCUCAAAGCUUAAUAAAUAUGCUAGCACCUGUACCUUAUGUAUCGGACAUUUCUCCAUUAGUUGCAUUAGUAUGAAUUAAGCAGUGGGUGUGGCAAGCUCCAUUUGAUGUGCAUUCAUGCUGCCAUACUUAUUUGCAGAAAUUUGCAACUUUCUUCACUGCUUCCACCAACCCACAUAGUCGUGUAUCUGUGAUCUAGUACUUUCUACUGGCACCUGCACUGUAGAUAACUGGAACUGAGAUGAACUUCACAAAACAAAAAGACAACAGAAUCCUUUGGUUAUUUCAGCAUUAUGUAUCAAGACUGGCUUCUUUUUGUACAUGCAUGUAGUAUUUAUAGCUGUUGUAAUCAUCUAUAUGGUUGUUUAAACAUCUUUGCAUUGGGAAAAUGUUUCAGCUCGCUGUCUCAACAUAAAAACUCAAACAAAAAAAGGAACCGAAUAUGAUAAAUAUGUGGUAUUUUUAAUUGUUCCAGUCUACCCUUCAAUGUAUUCAUAAGAUUUUAUUUUAGUUCUUUUUAAGUUAUUCUAGUACAGAAACUUGUUAAUAUGAGGACAAAAUUCAUUGAGUGCUCAGAAAGUUAAAUGAAUCAGUCUAUUACUUAGUCCUUCAAUCAGUGCAGGCAGAAUAUCAGUUCUGUUAUGUCAGUGUCGAGGCCUGCACUGACUGGCGAUUUAAAAAAAACAACAGAGAGAGUGUGUAACUGUUCUGGCUAUGCCAUGUGGUGUUAAUUGCAGCGCAGAUGAUGUCUCUGUAAUUACAUUUUGAUUUAUACCUUUUUAUUUUUUUGCUGUGUAAUCAAAGAACUUCAGAACUGUGAGAAGAAGUGAAUUUUAAGUUGAUGAAUCAGCAUCUUGUUCCCAUGGUGAUAACAAAUAUUGUAUAUGAUAUCUAUGAGGGCAUGUAUUAGGAUAAAGAUAAAUGGAAGCAAAAUUAAAACACUAACAAAUACAUAGCAACUGCAAUGUGUAAAAUGGCUGAUUUAAUUAAAAUAAAAUGUACAAGUGUUA